AGGGAUGCAAGUAUUGUGAAAUCGCACUCAUAUGGAAAACCAGCUGAAGUAUCUUAAAUGUUGAAUACGCAGUUUUGCUAUCGGUGCCAUAUAAUAAUAUAAUAUUAUAAUAGUAAUGAGAAUUAGCUAUAAGAAAAAGUAAAAGAGAAAAAAAAAAAAAAAAAAAAAGAAGAGACGGCCAACCAUUUUCGGAAGGUAAAUAUCUGUCUCCGUCAAUUUCUCCGGCAAAGAAGCUCCGAAAAUGAACCCCCAAAUCUAGCCAUGCUCUUAACCUACAUUCUCCCUCAUCUUUAAUUAUUAAUGAUUUUGUACUGAACUCAACUAAGAAAAACAACUUAUUAAUGGAUCGGGCACGAACUGCAAGUCCAAGACAGUUAAGGAAAUGGAGCACCGAAUCCGGAGCUCCCACUCUUUCUACUACCGGCUCUUCAUCACCAGGACGUGUUCAUCAUCAUCACGGUCGGUCAUCCUCAGUGUCGGGGAUGUCCAACAUUAAGCGUACUCAGAAUGUUGCUGCUAAAGCUGCUGCUCAGCGUCUUGCUCAAGUCAUGGCAUCUCAAGCGGCCACUGGCAAUGAUGAUGACGAUGAUGAUGAUAAUGAUGAUGUUGGGUUCCGAUUUGCUGCUCCUAUUCCUCCCUCUUUUUCCAGGUCCAAUGGUAAUGCUAUCAAGCCUCCUGUUCAGUCUGCUAAGCUCAAUAACAGAUCAUCUUCCCCUAAGCUAGCUAGGAAUUUUGUGGAGGAGUCACCGUCUCUUCGUUCGACAUCAGCAGGAAGAUCGAUUGUGCCAGCUCGUCCUCCACCAUCAAUACCAAGUGCCCGACAGCCUGUGAAGACUCCUUCACCUAUACCACCAAUCGAUCCUCCUACCAACAAGCUGAGAGAGAAAAGAUUCUCGCCAGAUUUAAGACAAGUUAACUUGAAAGAUACAGGAGAUCACCGUGCUGCUUCUGCGCUUCGUGAUGAACUUGAUAUGCUACAAGAAGAAAAUGAAAAUCUCCUUGGAAAGCUUAGAGUUGCUGAAACGGGUCACGAGGAAACAGAAGCUAGAGUGAAGGAGCUUGAGAAACAGGUUGCAGCACUUGGAGAAGGAGUAUCUUUAGAAGCAAAGUUGUUAAGCAGGAAGGAAGCCUCUUUGCGCCAAAGGGAGGCUGCACUGAAAGAUGCAAAACAAGCAAAGAAUGGGAUAGAUGUGGAACUUGCAAGCCUCCGUUCUAAUGUUCAGCAAGCAAAAGAUGAGGCAGCUGCUGCUGUAGAUCAACUUCAAGGGACUGAAUCAGAGGUUAAAUCUCUACGUUCUAUGACACAAAGGAUGAUUUUAACCCAGAAUGAGAUGGAAGAUGUUGUUCUUAAAAGAUGCUGGCUUGCACGUUAUUGGGGUUUAGCUGCUCAGUUUGGCAUUUGUGCAGAUAUUGCUACUUCAAAACACGAGUACUGGUCAUCCUUCGCACCUCUUCCUUUUGAAUUGGUUAUCUCUGCUGGCCAAAAGGCAAAGGAAGAAUGUUUGGAAAAAGGUGAUGAAAAUCCAGAGAGAGGAAAGCUUGUUCAGGAUUUGAAUGAUCUCACUGGUGAAGGAAAUAUUGAAAGCAUGCUUUCUGUUGAAAUGGGCUUAAAUGAACUUGUUUCUUUGAAGGUUGAGGAUGCCAUAAUGCUUGCGCUGGCUCAACAACGACGUCCAAACUCUGCUCGAACAUCAAUUUCAGACAUCAAAUCACCAAGUGAUCCGAAGUAUAUGGAGGCAUUUGAACUCAGCCCCGAGGAGUCUGAGGACGUCCUUUUCAAGGAGGCAUGGCUAACUUACUUUUGGAGGAGAGCCAAAGUCCAUGGUAUACAGGAGGAAAAAGCCAAUAAAAUGCUUCAAUUUUGGAGUAGUCGCAGUGGGCACGCACCAACUUCUCAUGAUGCUGUUGAUGUUGAGCAAGGUCUGAUGGAGCUAAGAAAAUUGGCCAUUGAACAAAAACUAUGGGAAUCAUCUCGGAGAUAAAUUGGGCAUUGGUUCAAGAUUCUUCCGUUACUGGAGAGAAGUCUUCCCUGCGUCUAAUAUUAAUACUUGUGAUCUAUUUUGCUCACUGCAUUCAAGAGUCUAUUUCUCUCUUUUUCCACUUACAGUAGUGUUCUUCUCAAGAGUCAUGUAAUACAAGGUACCAAUCUUUUUCUGUUUAGGUCCAACAGGAAAGGAGGAGGUCCAGUUAAGGUACACGGAAUUUUAUUUUAUUUAGUACAAACAUGAGUAUCUUGAGGAUGACCGUACGUAAAUUCUGAAGUGAACUGUUAUGCUUGUAGUUCUGGGAUUGAUUUGCUUAGCUCCGAGUUCCGGGAUUUGAUACUGUCAUUACUACACCGACUUCUUAUAUCAUUAAUAUCCACAUUUUUGUCUA